AUGAUCAAAGUCACGUUCACGAUUGUUUUGCUAUUGUGCCUAAGGCAAACAGCUGCAACGUUUCUGGAUUUUUUACCGAUGAGUGUUUUACGCGAGAGAAGUCGCUCGAAUCCGAGGAGUUUGAAUGGAUAUUUACCACUUCCUGAUUUUCUUAGUUUGGUGAGACGACACGGCUAUCCGGCAGAAGAGUAUGAAGUACUGACGGAUGAUGGCUACAAAUUGAAAGCUCAUCGUAUCCCAGGUAGUCCAACGCAACCAAAAGCCCCAGGUAAACCUGUAGUUUAUAUUCAACAUGGCAUUCUCGCUUCUUCCGAUAUGUUCGUCAUAGGUGGACCGGAGAAAGACUUAGCAUUUCUACUGGCCGACGCCGGUUACGAUGUCUGGUUGGGCAAUGGUCGAGGCAACACAUACUCCAGAUCCCACGUUCGUCUAUCACCUGAAACUCCAAUUUUUUGGGAAUUCAGCUUCGAGGAAAUCGCUUUGCGCGACGUCAGCAAAACCAUCGACUUUAUUCUGUACGAAACCAAGCAGAAGAGCGUAAUCUAUGUAGCGCACUCGAUGGGCACGACUGUCGGUCUGAUACUGUUAUCGUCGAAGCCAGAAUACAAUCAAAAGAUUCGGCUUGUCGUCAAUCUUGCGCCUAUCGGUUACUGGAAGAAACCCAGGAAUCUCAUGAGAUACUUCAUGUUCAAUGGGCAAUACGUCAGGGCUUUACUGAUAGCUCUUGGUAUGAGCGAAGUGUUACCACAGAUGCUUAUCACCGCCAGAGUGACCAACAGCAGCUGUCGCGACGGCACCUUACUGCAGGCUAUCUGCAAGACCAUCACUCACUUCAUAAGUGGCAACAAUGCUGAUCUUUUGGAUGUUGUAAGAUACGUUUUAUUUUGCAGCUCGUUAUACGAUCUCCUAACCGAUGGACUUGCUUAUUUUCCCGCAGGAGUGUCCACACGAACUUUAUCUCAUUUUUACCAAAAUAUCGUCGCAGGCAAAUUGCAAAAAUACGACAAAGGUUACAUUCAAAAUUUACUUCAUUAUGGGCAGCCGUCGCCUCCAGAAUAUAACUUGAAAAAUAUUGACGUACCUGUCUACCUGAUAUAUGGAAAGGCUGACGCUGUCGCACCACCAGAGGACUCAUUCGACUUGGUGACAAGACUGAAUAAUGCACACGUCGAGAGUGUGCCGCAUGAUAAUUUUACUCACCUCGACUUCGUGUGGGGUAGGAAUAUCAAAACUCUGCUUCACGAUCGUGUCAUGGAAAUAAUCGAAUCUGCCAGAUACGCAUAAAUAACUCUUAUCGCCCAAGCUCGCCCAUCGCUUUUUCCAUUGGUUUUCGUAAAAAAAGAAAACUUUGUUGGGCGGUUGAGUUUGCGCGCGCGGCGGUGUAUCGCGGUACACGUGUAAAUCCGCAAACAAUAGCAUUAAAACCACAUAUCGGCGCGAUGGAAUUCCAUUGAGCUGAAAUCGCAUUAGCCAAGCUUCAUUGACGAGGAAUUAGCGAAUUAGCCGGAAAGCUUCUGCGAAUUUUCGCGCGUGCUCGUUUCGGAUUGGACUUGGUGACUUUGCAAUGCCAAAUUCGGCACGCAUAGAAUCAUACGAGCAUUUCCAUGGGCAUUAAAAAGUGGCAUAACACUUUUACGGAAUGUUCAAACUGCGAGCUUACUCGCAUUUUUUUCAUAAUUUAAUGAAAGAUAUAAGUAGCUAAAGUUAACUUGGUAUGAAAUUUGAGUUCUGAAGGUCGAAGCAGGUCGAAAAAUAAAUUUCGAUGGAUGCAUCAAUUCUUGCGGAGCUUUGAAAAUAUACGAGUUGCCCUUGAAAGUCAACACAGCGUUAAAUUUAAUCGAAACCGAGUGACACUUGAAAUGCAUCUAAACCGCGGUGCUCGGGCGGAAAAACAACUCGCAAUUACUAGCUGGAGCUACGGCUAUACCAUAAUACACACGCAGCAGGCCGUACGGCUGAGCAUGGGCGGCCAAUUACCAAGCCAUUACAUCGAUAAUUAAUAAUCGAUACACGGCAGUGGAGGCGCCCAAGCGCGAGGACGCAGCCUUAGCUGCUGGCACAGCCCAUAAAGCAGCUACGCACGGUAAGCCAAUGGAUUUCAGUGGAGCUCAAGCCCAUGCGACGCAGUUUCGUUUGCCGAGUAAUGCCGGCCGUCGUAUAUGCAUACGCAGCUUUGGCUCGGUCGGCCUGCGGACGCCAGAUCUUUCCAGAUGUCGCACGCUCGAGCCCCGAGCUAACCGGCGUUUCACGCCAAUUAAUCGUCGUUGCCAUAUUUUUCUUUCGUCCGAUUUAGCGAUUUUGCCUUGCUUUUUUAGAAUCUGAAUCUAAAUCUACGAAGCAACUCGACUCAAAAAGUUUACGCCUGCCGAUGAACUCGAUAAAAACGGUAUAUUUCGCCGGUCGUUGUACGCGUAAUCGGAUAGAUUAAAUGAACAUCUAAAUGUGUCUGUUAUUAAAUAAUUAUUGUUACAUCAUAGUAAAGGGCCAAGCCCUGCGCUGCUAUAUGUUUUUAUUAAUA